CCUUUUCAACAUGCACACUACUUCAGAAGCAGACCACAAAAUUGGUGGUUCUGAGGCGCAGUCGCAGCUAAUAGCUAUGGAACAAGACGAACCUCGUCAACGCAGAGAUGAUGAGCAGUUCGUCUGGCCAUGGGCAGGUGUUCUUGUUAAUGUGCAUACCGAAUGGAAGAAUGGGUUGCGGGUGGGAGGAAAUGGAUCUGACUUGAGGGAUCAGUUCCCGCAGUUUCGCCUGCACAAGGUUAAUCCUUUGUGGGACAAACACGGCAGCCAUACCGGGACUGCCAUUGUUCAGUUUGCAAAAGAUUGGAGUGGUUUCACAAAUGCAAUUGACUUUGAAAAUCAAUUUGAGGCACAAGGACGUGGCAAAAGGCAUUGGAAGGAGCAGAAGUACCAUGGGCCAGAGAUGUUUGGUUGGGUUGCGAGAGCCGAUGAUUACAUAUCCCAUUGCCCCAUCGGCAACUGGUUGCGGAAGUACCGUGAUCUUAGAACCAUUGCUGAUUGUAAGAAUCAAGAAGCAUCUAAAAUGGAACAACUUGAAGCAAACUUAAAUAGCCAGGUUGAGGUAAAGGGCAGGUAUGUGCAAGAGCUUGAAUGCAGGAACAGCGAGACGUGCAAGUUACUUGCUAAGGCAGAGGAGGACAUGCAGAAGCUCCUCCAGUCUCAGAGUGAAGAAAUUGUCAAGAUACAGCUUGAUGAGGUAGCUGCAAUAGCUGAGUUCGACAGGAUGACAAUAGAGCGACAGAAGGAAGAGCAUGCUACGAUGGAGCAAGUGAGGGCCAGUGAAAUUUUGCUGAAGCUUGUGGAAGAACAGCAGGUUUGA